UUGGAUAAGGCCUUAGCGCUCUCCUCAGUCUUCUCAUAGACACUGCUGUGGAUAGUCUUGAGGAGAAUCUGCCUUUACACUUCUGAUGUCUCUUACAGACACAUGUGGGUACCUACCGUAGUUGUUUCUAGGCAUAUUUUGCGUAAUUGCGCGGAAAUACACCUAAAAUGCGAAUCAACUGCAUCAUCCUUUCUGGGAACAUUUAAAAGAUAAACGACCAGAGAAGCACCACGAACACAUUGACUGACUUAAUAAGAAGACACAAAGGCGCUAAGGACAGAGGAAAAAAGUUUCUUCCGAGAAUCUUUCCACUCGUGCCAAACUGGACCUCUGGCGAAAACGCGAAGAAUAUUAUACGCGCGUUAUGAGACGCUGAUCUUAAAAAGUUAAAAAGAUGCAUUUUUUAAGGAGUGCUCUUAAUGCGUUUCUAAUUAAAGACAUGCCGGGGUAAUCCACAUGGGACAGCUCCUUACGUCUGCAACUGACAAUAAAAGUGAGGGAACUCAUGCCGGAUGAUCUGAAGCGAACUUCAAGACGCGCACCGGAGGAGAAAAAUAAAUAAAUAAACAAAAAGCUGCGGACUUUCAUCAAUUUCCACCCACUUCGAGUCAACACAAUCAACAGAUGGCCGCGGCUGUCUUCUUUAAACAUAUACAAGAGACUCCCUCUUCUGGCAUGGUGAUCUAGCGUCUGUGGAAGUACCUUUGGAAAGGCGUCUCCAGUGGCUUCGGUAUUAAUCGUAUUAACAUUAAGAAUCGUUAAACACACAGGGAGACCUUCAAACAAGAAUAAAAUAUAUCUGCAUUGCUGCAAAACAGGGCUGUAAGACUGGACGCAGGGCAGAGGGUCUCUCAGUGCCCACAUUUCAGCAUGAGUGCAGUGUGCUCACCUUUCUUCAUCGGGCUCCUACUGCUGAUCCUCACCGCCAGCUACUGCAAACAGACAGACAGGGACGACACGAGUCUGCUGGACCUCCUAAUGGACAGAGUGAGGCUAACACGUGAGCAUCACAGUGAGGGAAGCAUACAGCAUCCCCCUAAAAUCAUUGAGCAUUCGGUGAAAACAAAGGACGUUAAUAAAGUUACCAAAUCAUAUCAGCACGAAAGAAUUCUUGAGGUCUUUCCGAGAGAUCUUUCCAGCAGACAGAAGGAGAAGUUUUUAAAACAAUUAACGGGGCCACUUUAUUUCAGCCCCAAAUGCAGCACACACUUUUAUAAACUAUACCAUAAUACCAGAGACUGCACAACACCAAUCUAUUAUAAAAGAUGUGCCAGACUUCUUAUACGAUUAGCAGAGAGUCAGCGGUGCGCAGAGGGAUAGACGUCACAGAUUUCAACAUACCUGAAGAAAUAAACAAGAAAGAAAAAGAAAAAGUGCCUUUGAGAAAUGUAAUAAAUUCAGAACAAUCAUAUUUAUCAUGUGGACAAAGCUGUUUAGUAAUACAAUGGAACUACUCUUGUGGUUUUAGUUUACUUCACAUAUGCAGCUUUUCUUGUCUUCACACAUGCAGCUUGUCUGUCUGAGUUGAUGAUACUGAUGUUCGAACCAAGUUUACGGGAAAUGGCCAUGGUGAAAAUGAAGGAAUAAAUGUUUUACAUGAAAAACAAAACAUCCUGCUGCUAAAAGAUAAACUGGCUAUCAUAUUAUCAGCUUAUUUGCCUUCACAGAUUGUGUGUCCGGUAAGUUUUGUUUGGAGAAUCAUUUAGCUGUGGUUUUUCAAAAGUGUUUACCAGCUAAACGCAGCCUUUGGUUCAAUAUUCCUGUCAACCACACAAAGUCAAAUUCCUCAAAGCCAGGGAUAAAUCCUUUGAUUGAAUUAAGAAUUGCAUGAUAUUUUCUUGCCUUUUUUGUCUUUACAAGACAUGUCUUGGCAGCGAUGAAUGGUAUUGGUUGCAGUUUAUUCUGUGAAAGAA